AAGGCAGCGCCUCCCCGCCCCGGUCGGCAGUGAGGCGGCGACCGAGCCCGGCUGCGGAUCGCAGAGCCCGCCGCGGCGCCCGCCGCCCUCCCGCCCGGCUCCGAGCCCUCGUCCAGCCGCCCUCCAGAGCCUCGCCUUUCUCCCGCCCGGCCAGAUGAUGAACUUUCUGCGGCGCAGGCUCUCGGACAGCAGCUUCAUCGCCAACCUGCCCAAUGGCUACAUGACGGACCUGCAGCGGCCGGACCCGCAGCAGCCGCCGCCGCCGCCACCCUCGGCCUCCUCGGCGCCCGCCUCGGGCUCCCCGGCCGCGGAGCGUCGGCAGCCGCCGCAGUCGGCGCCCCCCCAGCAGCAGCCGCCGCCGCCGCAGCAGUCUGCGGGCAGCAGCUUCUUCAGCUCCCUGUCCAACGCCGUGAAGCAGACGGCGGCCUCGGCCGGGUUGGUGGACCCCACCUCCGCGUCGUCGGCCGCUGGCAGAAAGUUCAAGCUGCUGCUGGUCGUCGACGAGCCGCACACGGACUGGGCCAAGGCUUUUCGUGGAAAAAAGGUCCAUGGAGAAUAUGACAUUAAGGUUGAACAGGCAGAAUUCUCAGAAAUCAACUUGAUAGCCCAUGCUGAUGGCAAUUAUGCAGUAGAUAUCCAAGUAUUUCGGAAUGGCACUAAAGUUGUCAGGUCAUUCAGACCUGAUUUUGUCCUCGUUCGGCAACAUUCAUUCAGUAUGGCAGAAAAUGAAGAUUUCCGAAACUUGAUCAUUGGCCUGCAGUAUGCAGGCAUCCCCAGUGUCAACUCCUUGGAAUCAAUCUAUAACUUCUGUGACAAACCAUGGGUGUUUGCCCAGCUGGUGUCUGUCUACAAAACUCUGGGUCCGGAGAAGUUCCCGUUAAUUGAGCAAACGUUCUAUCCAAACCACAAGGAAAUGCUAACAAUGCCGACUUUUCCUGUUGUUGUGAAGAUUGGACAUGCUCAUUCAGGCAUGGGAAAGAUCAAGGUAGACAACCACUACGAUUUUCAGGACAUAGCCAGCGUGGUAGCACUUACUCAGACCUACGCCACUACUGAACCGUUCAUAGACUCCAAAUAUGACAUCAGGAUCCAAAAGAUAGGCAGUAACUACAAAGCAUACAUGAGGACUUCCAUAUCUGGAAACUGGAAGACAAACACAGGCUCUGCAAUGUUGGAACAAAUUGCUAUGUCAGAUAAGUACAAGCUUUGGGUUGACACCUGUUCUGAAAUAUUUGGUGGUUUGGACAUCUGUGCUGUUAAAGCUGUACAUGGAAAGGAUGGAAAAGAUUAUAUUUUUGAGGUCAUGGACUGUGCAAUGCCUCUGAUUGGUGAGCAUCAGAUCGAAGACAGGCAACAUAUAACUGAAUUAGUUGUAAGCAAAAUGAACCAAAUGUUGUCCAAAACUCCUAUACCAUCUCCUCAGAGACCCACUGCCACUCAGCAGCCUCAGAGUGGAUCACUAAAGGAGCCAGAGCCAAACAAAAUCCCACCUCAGCGACCACCACCUCAAGGGGGCCCAGUGCAACCCCAAGGAAUGCAAUCACAAGGCCAGGAGCCAUUGCAGCCACAGCGCAUGUACCCCCCUGGGCAGUCAGCAAAGCCCUCCACUUCCCAGCCACAGCGUCCACCCGGACCUACGACCCAGCAGCCACGUGCCCAGGCUCAAGGUCCUUCCAGCACCCGAUUACAAAAGGAGGCAGAGGCACAGCCUGCACCGCAACCACAGCCUGCUCCACAGCCACAGCCUGCGCCUCAGCCCGCCCCGCAGCCCGCGCCGCAGCAGAAGCCUCAGUCUCACCCACAGCUUAACAAGUCGCAGUCCUUGACAAAUGCCUUCAGUUUCACAGAAUCAUCCUUCUUCCGAUCAUCUGUGAACGAAGAUGAAGCAAAAGCUGAAACUAUUCGAAACUUGAGGAAAUCCUUUGCUAGUCUUUUUUCUGAUUAGCCAGCUUCAUCUAAAUGCACACAGCAUAUAG